AUGAGUACAGUAACGGUGGCCAAUAUGGGUCAAAAGAACUACGUUUUCAAGAAUUGGGCAGGUGUUUAUUCCACAAAGCCUCAGUUGUAUUUCCAACCUGCAACCAGGAAUGAAGUGAAGCACGUUGUUAACCAGGCGAGAAAGCAGGGAAAACAUCUGAUCACUGUGGGUUCAGGGCACACUCCGAACACAUUGUGUAUGUACAGUGAAUGGAUGCUCAAUUUAGAUAAACUGAAUGAUAUAACGGCAUUUGAUGAGUCUCCAGAUAAAAACUAUGCUGAUGUAACUGUUGGUGCAGGGAUAAGGAUUUUCGAGCUAAACGAGUACUUAGAUCCACUAGGGUAUACUAUUCAGAACCUACCCUCUAUAUUGAUACCAAGUCUCGGUGGUGUAAUUUCUACGGGAACACAUGGUUCGUCUGCUUACCAUGGUCUUUUGUCUUCACAGAUUGUGAAUCUAACAAUGAUUAAUGGAUCCAGCGAAGUACUAUUCUUAGAUUCCGAGCAUCAUCCGGAUAUCUUCAAAGCUGCUCUUCUGUCCCUUGGUAAAAUCGGCAUAAUUGUGGAAGUAACAAUACGUGUUGUCCCCAAGUUCAAUCUGAAAUGUAAGCAAGAAAUGAUCAGUUUUGAUCAGAUGUUGGAAAUGUGGGAUUAUGUAUGGACAUCAUCCGAGUUCAUCAGAUUGUGGUGGUAUCCGUAUAACGAUAAGUGUAUUCUUUGGAGGGCGGAAAAGACGGAACAAGCACCAACUAAAGGGAAGAAGGGUUGGUUGACAAACCGUUUUAACAGAAUUCUUUAUGAGGCUUUACUUUGGGUGUGUGUCAAGCUGUAUGGCCCCUUGACUCCUUACGUGGAGAGAUUUGUUUUUAAUCGUCAGUUCAGGAAUGUCGGUGGCCUUGGUCAUGGUUCAGUUGAGGUAACUGGUUCUAUGGAUGGUUUGAGUUUGGAUUGUUUGUACUCGCAGUUUGUUGAUGAAUGGGCCAUACCCAUGGACAACGGGCCGGAAGUAUUACGGAGUUUGCAGCACUCUGUUUCGAGUGCCACAGAGAGCGCGGAGUUUUACGUGCAUUCCCCCGUGGAAAUCCGGUGCUCGAACACAACAGUGCCUGAUGAAUUAACCAUUGAGAAGACGAGAUCUGCCACAAGCGUUGGUCCAGUGUAUGGCAACAUCGUGCGCCCAUACCUGGAUAUCUCAUCUCGCGACCCGCGCCACGCUGCUCCAGACAACAUCACCAACAGCCAACUGACUUUGUUCAUCAAUGCUACAGUGUACCGCCCAUUUGGGUUUAACAGUCCCGUGCACAAGUGGUUUUCACUUUUUGAGGACACUCUUACCGUGGCUGGCGGCAGGCCCCAUUGGGCCAAGAAUUUCCUAGGGUCCCCAAAGUUGGCCCUCGGUGACGCUCCAAAACCGAAUUAUCUUGACUACGAAUGUCGCGGGCUGGGUAAGAAAAUAAGAGAGUGGUACGGUACAGACCUACAAAAGUUCUUAGAAAUCAGAAACCAGCAGGAUCCAUCACGCGUCUUCACCCCAGAAACUGACUGGACAGUGACAAACGGGUUCUCCUGA